AUGAAUGUCAUAUUUUCUCUGGCGACAUUCGUCAGAAACAUGUAUAAUGCAAGUUUGAACCAACGGAACCUGAUAACCCUGCCGUUCAACUUCACGCUUAACUUCGCACCGGUAUUUAUUUGGCUGUCUAUAUUCAAGCACGCUGGUCUGAUACCCACUGAGAUCAGGCCUGGCAUUCACAGCAAGUUCGCUUUUUUCGCUGAUCAAUUUCUCUUUGGGGACUAUUGGCAUGAACUUACUGUCCAAUUGCCCGAUAACAGCUCCAAGUUGUUUUUUUGGUCGUUCUUAUCAUCUUCUGCAUUUCUUUUAGCAUUUCUGAUAUGCAUUCCCCUUGCCAUCUGGUACUAUAUCUAUUACGUUAAGCACGUUAACUAUAAUCUGUUAGAGUGGUUCGCAAAUAUUUUUCAUUACCCCUGUAAGCGCAAGCAGCGGCCGAUCCAAAAGAGGUUUCGGACAAUUUUCAUACCGUUUGCCCUGCCUCUGUUUACAUUUGUUAUGCUUAAUAUUGAUCAUUUCUUUGCCUACCAGUCGGAUGCAAACUUCACUAAGACCAAGGAUCUGCUGGCUUGGUUCUCUUAUGUCAUCCUACAUUUGACGGCCCCAAUUUUAACCGCCGUAUACUUAUACGUCUUCCAACCACCGGGGACUUUAAAAUGCUUCAGUUUUGCCCUAGGGUUGCAAAAUAUAGCGGGCGUCUUUACUCACCUGCUUGUUCCAAUGGCCUCCCCAUGGUUUACUCAUUUGUACGGUAUUGACGAUACCGAGCAUGUUAAUUACACCCAGGAAGGGUUUGCUGCCGGUUUGAUAAGAGUGGAUAGCCAUUUGGGUACUCAUUUGAACACGAAGGGUUUUCACAUGUCUCCUAUUGUGUUUGGUGCUGUUCCCUCACUGCACUCCGCCAUCGCGUUCCAAUGUUUCCUGUUCUUGAUUUCAAGAUCCACUAGCUUAAAACACAGAUUUUCCAAUGUGGGAGGUUUGACAAUGCAAAAUAAUGAUUCUUCUACUUUCAAGUUGAGCGAAGAAGACAGCGAAGAUGACGGUGACAAUAGUACACCACCCACAAUCGGCCCUAAUGACCUAGAAAUGGAACCAUUGGGUACCGUUGAGCCUGUAGAUAUCUUAAAUGAACGGUCCUCCUCUCCUUCAUCGUCCUUGACUGUAUCCAGUAAUGAAAGAAGCAUCAGCAACGGCAGCGGAAACAUUAUUAAUAGUAAUGGCAAUAAGAAGCCACUCCAGUUUGUCCAUUUAUACGACGAAGAUACAGAAUUCACAAACAAAUGGAUUUUUAAAAUAGUCAACGAAGGUUUUAUACCAAAAUUCUGGGCCGUCUUCUAUAUAAUACUACAAUGGUGGGCCACCAUGUAUUUGGAUCACCAUUACAGAUUCGACCUUUUCGUUGGUGUUUUGUAUGCGAUGACAAGUUUCAUCAUCAUAAACUGGUUUGUUUUACAACCAAAAGUUUUAAAAAACUGGAUUCAUAUAAGGUUAGGCGACAAAGUGGAUACAAGAAACGAAGCUCGCACUUUUGGCAUGAGAGUAUUUUGUGGCACCAAGAUGGAAUGGUUUUUUGAUCCAUUGGCAUAG